UCCACGUUCAACCCUCUCGUGGGCACCCUCCACGUUUCCCAUUCCCAUACAUACGCGCAAGAAGGAUCCAAGCCAAAGAAGCAUCCAUAACCCAAUUGCCAAUCUCCAAUUCCCCCCCUUCCAUUUCACACAAAAACACAAACUUACUACUGAGGCUGAGAUUGAGAACCAAGACGAAGGCGAGGCGGCAUCCAAUUUCCAUCCUCCCUUUUGGCCGCGUCUUGAUUGAUUGGGCCCUACAAUCUACAUCCCCUGGCUUUCUCUCUAUAUAAAUAAGGGAACCCAGAUGCUCCGUUCUUCAAUCCGCACCCUCUCCCGUCAAAAUCUCAUCUUUGCUUCUGCUUCUCUUCGCGCUCCUCGUCACUCGUUUUCUUCUUCGUUGGGUUCGUCGCUGAUCGUUUCCCGUUUCCCGCAUCACCCAUCACGGUCUUUGAACCCUCCGCCGCUGUCGCUUUCUUCUUCUACUGCUAAUUCUCUGAGAUUCGAUCGCGCUAUGGCCAGUAAUUCCGACUCUCCCCAGUCCAUCUACGACUUCACUGUCAAGGAUGCCAGGGGGAAGGAUGUUGAUCUCAGUAUCUACAAGGGGAAGGUUCUUAUGAUUGUUAAUGUCGCUUCUCAGUGCGGCUUGACAGAUUCGAACUACACCGAGCUGACUCAGCUGUACCAGAAGUACAAGGAUCAAGGUUUGGAGAUCUUGGCUUUCCCUUGCAACCAGUUUGGAUCUCAGGAACCUGGAAACAAUGAACAAAUUGUGGAGUUUGCUUGUACUCGUUUCAAGGCCGAGUACCCCAUUUUCGAUAAGGUUGAGGUGAAUGGUAAAGAAGCUGCUCCAAUUUACAAGUUCCUCAAGUCGAGCAAGGGUGGACUGUUUGGGGAUGGUAUCAAGUGGAACUUCACCAAGUUCCUUGUCAACAAAGAGGGAGAAGUCGUCGAGCGCUAUGCUCCUACUACCUCCCCUCUCAGCAUGGAGAAAGACGUGAAGAAACUGCUUGGAAUUGCUUAAGGCAUUGGAACUAGAGUGUACACUGUCUAUCAGACAGGGUUUAUGGUUGAAUAAGGAAGAAACUAGCUUCAAUCUUGCAGCAUCUUUUGUGAAACAUCCUAAUAGCAGACAUCUGAAUUGCUUGUAUUUUGUUGCUUGUCUGGAAAGAGUGUAAUAAUAUAGUUACAGAGUUACAGUUAUCUUCAAUCGUCAUUAUCUCCUCUCUUCCUUCCAUUAUUUGCCACCUCUGUGUCCAAUUUAGCUGGUAUGGAUCUGGAAAACGUUUCCUUUCUUUCCAAGAACAAAGGUGUAGAUAUCGACACAGGAGGCUUCGGGCUGUUUUCAUGCUCCACGGACACGGCUCUGCAUGAGAACUACUGUCGGCAGAAAACUAACGACGAAUUAACAGAACUGG